ACUCUCAACCACCAGCCCCAACCACACUUCUACCAUCCACCAGUACACCAUAAAUCUUUUGACCAUUCUGCUCUGCUAUAAAUCUCUGUUGUGUCUUGCCUCUUCUUCGUACUCUUCAUUCCUCAUCUUCCUGUCUAUUGUGUCUUGCCUCUUCUUCUUACUCUUCAUUCUACACAAUGGAACAAGACCCAAAUCCAUUCGUCCGCCAUUGCAAACGUCAAAGCAACAAUUCUGGCAGCUCUCGUCCUCUCAUUCCUGGCCCGGCUGGCGCCAUCCAGGCUGCCAUGUAUGCCCGUAGAUCCACCCCUAACACACCACUCAUUCCGACCCAGGAAAUCGUGAGGCGUGUGCUAGAUCACGGAUCAACCGAAACCGAUCCUGAUUUCAACUCACAUGCUUGGCUAUCAGCCCUGCAAGAGUGGGGAAUUGCCACUCCGCUGGGCUCUCUGACAGCGAACGUUGAGAGGGUGGAGAAUGUUGUUGCUGUUAUCAAAUCUUGCACUCCCAAUGGGUUCGGAGAUGCGAAAGUUACCCUCAAGGACCCCACGGGUGCUGUUGAUGCUAGCAUCCAUCGCAAGGCCUUUACCCACAGUGAAUUUGCGAAUGACAUAACUGUUGGAUCUGUUCUCGUUCUCCAAAAGGUUGUUGUGUUUGCACCUAGAUGA